UUUGAGCUCGCCAGCAGGGCAAGCACACCGGGAACACCUGCGACACCCGGCCGGCAGGUGGGCAGCGCGGGGUCUGUGGCGCAGCUGGGCCCCGGGCUCGGAGCGGACCGGGCACAGAGCCCGGCUUCAGUCCUGCUUCUCUCCAGCAGAUGGCACUGGUGUCUAGCUGCUGAUGCUCUGUAACUGGUUUGCUGUGUCAGGCUUUUUCUGGUCCUCCAGCACACUUAGGGAUGGAUGGGUGAAGCCCACUUGGGCUGUGGCACUGCCCAGCAGCCAACAUCUCGCUGAGGCCCCCUGGUGGCGAUAGGAUGCACCUCUCUGCAGUAUUCAACGCCCUCCUGGUAUCAGUGCUGGCUGCGGUCCUGUGGAAGCACGUGCGGUUGCGGGAGCAUGCGGCCACGCUAGAGGAGGAGCUAGCCCUUGGACAGCAGUCCCUGGAUCCAGUCCCAGGGCUGAGGAUCGACUACCCGAAGGCCCUGCAGAUCCUCAUGGAGGGUGGCACCCACAUGGUGUGCACGGGCCGCACCCACACGGACCGCAUCUGCCGCUUCAAGUGGCUCUGCUACUCCAAUGAGGCCGAAGAAUUCAUCUUUUUCCACGGCAACUCGUCUGUGAUGCUGCCCAACCUGGGCUCCCGGCGCUUCCAGCCGGCCCUGCUGGACCUGUCCACUGUGGAGGACCAUAAUGCCCAGUACUUCAACUUCGUGGAGCUGCCUGCCGCAGCCCUGCGCUUCAUGCCAAAGCCAGUGUUCGUGCCUGAUGUGGCCCUCAUCGCCAACCGCUUCAACCCCGAUAACCUCAUGCACGUCUUCCAUGAUGACCUGCUCCCCCUCUUCUACACACUGAGGCAGUUCCCCGGCCUGGCCCAAGAGGCCCGGCUCUUCUUUAUGGAGGGAUGGGGCGAAGGCGCCCACUUUGACCUCUAUAAACUCCUCAGCCCCAAGCAGCCGCUGCUCCGUUCACAGCUCAAGACCCUGGGCCGGCUGCUCUGCUUUUCCCACGCUUUCGUGGGCCUGUCCAAGGUCACCACCUGGUACCAGUACGGCUUUGUCCAGCCCCAGGGCCCAAAGGCCAACAUCCUGGUCUCUGGCAAUGAGAUCCGGCAGUUCACCCGCUUCAUGACUGAAAGGCUGAACGUGAGCCACGUGGGGGCGCCCCUCGGGGAGGAAUACAUUCUGGUCUUCAGCCGCACCCAGAAUAGACUCAUCCUGAAUGAGGCAGAGCUGUUGCUGGAGCUAGCACAAGAGUUCCAGAUGAAGACAGUGACCGUGUCCCUGGAGGACCACACCUUUGCCGAUGUCGUGCGGCUGGUCAGCAACGCCUCCAUGUUAGUCAGCAUGCAUGGGGCCCAGCUGGUGACGGCCCUCUUCCUGCCCCGUGGGGCUACUGUGGUUGAACUCUUCCCGUACGCUGUCAAUCCUGACCACUACACCCCCUAUAAGACGCUGGCCACACUGCCUGGCAUGGACCUGCAGUAUGUAGCCUGGAGAAACAUGAUCCGGGAGAACACAGUCACGCACCCCGAGCGACCCUGGGACCAAGGGGGAAUCACCCACCUGGACCGGGCUGAGCAGGCCCGCAUCCUACAGAGCCGAGAGGUUCCCCGGCAUCUGUGUUGCCGGAACCCAGAGUGGCUAUUCCGAAUCUACCAGGACACCAGGGUGGACAUCCCAUCCCUCAUGCAAUCCAUUCGGCGUGUGGUGAAGGGCCGGCCGGGGCCACGGAGGCAGAGGUGGGCAAUCAGCCUGUACCCUGGUAAGGUACGGGAGGCUCGAUGUCAGGCGUCGGUGCAGGGCGCCACGGAGGCCCGCCUGUCUGUGUCCUGGCAGAUCCCGUGGAACCUCAAGUACCUGAAAGUGAGGGAGGUGAGGUACGAGGUGUGGCUGCAGGAGCAAGGGGAGAACACGUAUGUGCCUUACAUGCUGACCCUGCAGAACCACACCUUCACGGAGAACAUCAAACCUUUUACCACCUACCUGGUGUGGGUCCGCUGCAUCUUCAACAGGAGCCUCCUGGGACCUUUUGCAGAUGUGCUGGUGUGCAGCACGUAGCUAGCAGGCCAUGGCCAGGCCUCAGGAGGGGUCUCGUGGCUCUGCUUUCCCAGGCUCACAGUUCUGCUAGCAACUGUGGUGAUCGAGUAUCUAUUUAUUGAGUAGGCUUGCACCAAGCCUGCUUCCCGACGUGUGCUGUUUGCAGAAUUCCCCUAGCUCUGAAGAGAUAGUGCCUGCCCCCUGUGCCACACCGAUCAGCCCCACCCAGGAGGAAUUCCUUAGUGGUGAGGAGGAGGCACAGCCGGGUCCCGGGGAUCUGAUCUUGCUAAUAACCAUGCUGUUUCCUGCUGUGGCCUUGGUGCGGGUCCUGGCUUCUAGAAACGGUGGUCGUGUGGUUGGUGGGCUAGGCAGAUAAUCUCUGCGAAUUUCAUCUGUAACUGAGUGACAGGUGUGUUUGGAGCCGUCAUUAAAUGAUUAUGAACAUCUCG